AUGGCUGAUUGGGAAACUCCAGCCGAGGUCUACGACGCUCCAGUUGCUAUCGAAGCUCCUGAGAUUAAACUUUUCUCCAAAUGGUCUCUCCGUGAUGUUAACGUCUCCGAUCUUUCCCUCGUUGACUACAUCUCCGUUCAGGAUAAGGCCGCUAAGUACCUUCCCCACUCCGCUGGACGUUUCCAGGUCAAGCGUUUCCGCAAGGCUUCCUGCCCAAUCGUCGAGCGUCUCUGCAACUCUAUGAUGAUGAAGGGACGUAACAACGGAAAGAAACUCAUGACUGUCCGUAUCGUCAAGCACGCUUUCGAAAUCAUCCACCUUCUUACUGGAGAGAACCCAGUACAAGUUUUGGUUAACGCUGUUAUCAACUCUGGACCACGUGAAGACUCUACCCGUAUCGGAAGAGCCGGAACCGUCCGUCGUCAAGCCGUUGACGUCGCUCCACUCAGAAGAGUAAACCAGGCUCUCUGGCUUCUCUGCACUGGAGCUCGUGAAUCUGCCUUCAGAAACAUCAAGACCAUUGCUGAAUGCCUUUCUGACGAACUUAUCAACGCCGCUAAGGGAUCAUCCAACAGUUACGCCAUUAAGAAGAAAGAUGAGCUCGAACGUGUUGCCAAGUCUAACCGUUAA